AGCGGCUCGGAGGGGCGGGCGGCCGCUCCCCGCGGCCCGCCUGGGCGGCUCGCGCGCCACCUCGGUGGCCGCGGCGCGGAGGGCGAUGAUGGACAAGUCGCUCUCGCGCACGCUCCAGCAGCUGGAUCAGUUCAGGGUGGUGUCGCGGGACCUCACGCGCGGCACGCUGACUGGCGGCGUGUUCACCGCCCUGGCGUACGCGUGCCUGGCGCUGCUGCUGAUCGCGGAGACGUCGGCCUUCCUGAGGACCACCUAUGCCACCAACAUAGUUAUGGACCGGAACAACGAAGAGCUGAUCAACGUCAAUUUCGACAUCCUCAUGUUCGACCUCCCCUGCAAGUACCUCAAGAUCGGGGUGUGGGACAUGUUCGGGGAGGAGAGGAUGAACAGCACCGAGGCCUUCAGCUACCGGACGGUCGAUCACAAGGGGGAUCUCUCCAGGGCCUACACGCCCGCGGAGAUCGCGGUGCUCGAGCAGACCGACUCCCUCACGGACGUCACGGAGGAGGAGAAGAAGGACCUAAACGCGGACUGGGCUUCCACCGACGACCAUUUCCACCACAACGACUUCAACGCCGCCGUGACCUUCCACGACUACACCAUCGUGAACUUCUUCGCGGAGUGGUGCGUGCACUGCCGAAAAUUCUCGCCCACUUGGAUGGAGGCGGCCAGCUUGAUGAGCGAGAAGGCCGAGUUCCGCGACGCCGACGGGCGCAUGGCGAGCGCCGCAGCCCGCUUGCAGUGUCCACCGUCGUCGGGCCGAUCUCGUUCGACAUCGAUUUCGGCGGGCCCGGUCCGACUCGAUUUUUGGGCUUACGCCACGCCGCCGAGCCCUUGGGGAACUG